AUGGUCAAUGGCCCUCUCAUAGUGCCAGCUCCUACGCCAUCAGCCUGGGCCCUCAACGGUGCGCAGGCUAUGAUAAACGGUGCCACUGGAAAGUUCUCUCCACAGAUACGCGGCCAGUUUCACAAGACCAAGAUGUGUGCCUUCCACAAGAAGAAGAAAUGCACCAUGGGUAUGGCUUGCCCCUUUGCGCACUCCAAAGAAGAGCUCAAUGCGCCCCCAGACCUUUCCAAAACCAAGCUUUGUGUAAACUUCUUUCGAAGGAAGUGCAAUGAUAUCCACUGUAAAUUUGCACACGGGCCUCACCCCCAGCCUAUAAAGUCACCUCCUAGCACUGGAUUUUCAAGUGCAGCUGGUUUAAGGCAUUCGGAGCUUCGGGCAACCGGAAGUGUUUACAAGACCGAAUUGUGCAGAGCAUGGUCUACAGGAACUUGCAAGGCGAUCGCCCCACUUUUUGUUGCUUUCAUCAGGCGUUUUGUUUCGACAAUUCAUAUAGAUGUUUGA